AUGCUCCACCAUUGCACCAGAUCCUCCCAUCCCCUUUUCCAACGCCUAGCACGCAUACACCAUUUCCACCACCUCUACUUCACACGACACUUGAAGUUCGACAGAAAGUAUCUUCGACAAAAUCAAUUCCAGGCCUUGCCGCUUGAACUCGCAAUUAAAACCACUGGAGCUGUGUUAGGGUAUAUCAUUGCUACUUUAGUGACGCCCGACGGCCUCGUGUGGAUAACAAGAAACCACCUUUGUUCUACUGUUGGCUUUGAAAUUUUGAGGUCCUCUUUUGUCAUAUAUAUAGAGGGCCGCGACUCAAACCAUCUCACUUAUAAGAGCGUUCCGAAGGACCCUAACUGGAUAUUUGCGGGCCCAGAGUUUCACUCGCUCCAUCAUGUCUACCCGGAUCAUUAUAUCGGUUCGUUCAUAAAAAUCUUCGACUGGAUAUGGGGUACUGCCUACUCCUUUAAACACAAGCACUUUGUGAUCACUGGAGGAAGUGGAGCAUUUGGUCGAGCAAUUUCAACACAGCUCGAGCGUGAAGGAGUAUGUCGCAUUCGCAAGUUGAAAUUUGGCAUCGAUUGGGAUCAUCAUCACUUCGAAGAAGCGCUCUCUGUGCUUUCUAACUGUGACGUUCUAAUCCUGGCCCACGGCUCGAAUGGCCAGGAUGCAGUUGAAUCAAAUUGCGAUUCGUCUAUCCGACUUAUCAAAUUAUUUAAGAAGUACAGGAUUGCCAACCCCACCCACCUGACCCUUCCGGAAGUAUGGUACGUGGGCAGCGAAGCUGAGCUUCAUCCCUCCUGGGGAAUUGCACCACUUCAACGUUACUCUCAGUCGAAACGAAAAUUCCUGCCGUACGCUCGUUCCUUUUUCGAUGACCCUGAUAUGAUUUACCGCCAUAUCGUCCCGUCUUCAUUUCAGUCAUCCAUGGGAUCUGCUGUACUCUCUGCGGAUUGGGCAGCCAAGUGUGUAAUGUGGUGGAUUCGACGUGGUGCCAGAUUCAUUCCCGUUACAUAUACAGGGAUUGCGUACCUGAACUACUUCAACUUUAUGUAUCGUGUUCCUUACGCGCGAGAUGUGGAUCAAACGUGA